CUACGGGAUCUUGGGCCUGACCGCAGCCAUAUUGAAUUUAUGUCGUCCAGAGAAGUUGCAGACGUCUGAGAUCAUCUCUGCCUCCACUUUUGUUUAUGCACCGGCAUCUCCAUAAUACCAUCGCAAAAAUGACGUUUGGAGACACUUUCACAAUGAAGCCUCGCUAAAGCAUGCUGUACCAGGCACCAAACGGAUACAGGAAAAGGACUGAAUUCUCUAUCCAGUAUUUUCAGCUCAGCGAUUCCAGGAGCAUAUCAAUUUUUCCCUGGGACUUUGCCUGAUCAAGAAGGCUCAAAUUCCAUGGAAAACAGAUCUUAGUUUAAGAACGGCGAGCUGCAAUAUGUCGAAGAGGAGUAGAAAUGCAAUACCGGCCCUUCAAGGGCGGGAAGUCGGCGCUCCUGGGCAGUAUACGCCGCCCGCACUGAGGUUUCUGGCCGAGGACAAGGCUGCUUUGUUUUCCCAAGACAACCAGGCUGUGAAGCUCCCGGGAGAUGCCAGGACUACAUUCCUGAUGGCCUUCAGCCAUGAUGGGACACUGAUGGCUUCUAGUCAUGGCGAUCACAACAUCCACGUGACAGACCUGCGCACGGGAAAGUGUAUUCGCACUCUGGUUGGCCAUUCCCGCACGCCCUGGUGCGUGACCUUUCACCCCUCGUCCAACGAGAUUCUGGCAUCAGGCUGUCUGGAUGGGGAAGUCAGAGUUUGGGACCUGCAUGGUGGGAGUGAGAGAUGGACGUCCGAGUCCAACACUGUGAUAGCGUCCCUUACCUUUCACCCCCUGGACCAAGUGUUGGUGAUUGCCACGGGCAACGCUCUCCACUUCUGGGACUGGAGCCAGGACAAACCGUUUGCCUACGUCAAGACAGCACGGGAGACUGAGAAGAUAAGACUUGUCAAGUUUGAUCCACUCGGUCACCACUUGCUGACAGGGAUUGCCAAUGUGCCAAAUGUCCGGCCCUUUGAUGCAGGAGUAGUGCAGGUGGACAGCUCGGACUCGGAGACAGACAUGCUGCCUGAGCCUGACGACUCGGAGCUGCCGCCCCGCAUGUCCGUCUGGGACCGGCGCUCGCGCGUCCUCCACCGCCUCCACUCCAUGGAGCAGGACCUGCGGCGCCGCCUGGAGCUCCUCAGCAGCGCUGCAGCCCGCCUCGACCAGAUGGAGAACGAGAUGCGCAACAUGAUGGGGUCGUUCCAGGGUCAGGAGCAGGGCAUGCUGCCCAGGGGGCGGGUUUCCGCACGGUCCCUAGCGGAUCCGACCGCCAACCGUGCCGACAGCACUGCCAUCAGGGCCAGGAGAGGGGGAAGUAGUAACAUGCCUCCCAGUUUACAGGGAACGGCGGGCAGGGCUUCGUCAUCCAGCCUGCACGAUCUGGACGCCCGGUUAUCCAUCAACCACCAGAGGAUACGCAGAACGCAGGAGUUCAUCGAUAGGUUACGGGCUAGGCUUGGACUCCAGCCGUCCUCAACACUCAGCAGGUACGAGAACUUUCCGUCCGACGAGGUGCCAGGAUUGGGCAGCAGGCGUGGCUCUGAGAGUAGUCAAGACAACCGGCUGAGAUUGACAGCCUCCCCAUUUACCACAAGUAGCUCCAAUGACACUGGUAGUGGUAGCCGGAGAAGUCUGCAGUACCGGUCUAGCAUCAGACGUAACUUUGCCAGCCAGUCUUCUGCAACCAGUGCAGAACUGACAACCUCUGUCAGUGUACACAAUGCUGGCACAAGUAACAUGAACAGACCGGGGGUUAGCUAUAUUUCGAGAGGCUGUGGGAGUAGGAAUUCUUUCGGUAAUGUAAAUGGCCAAGACAUCUCUGCUAAUGGCAGUGCAAAUACCACAAGUAAUGGUGGUGUGAUGACUCAAGGCACCAGCGUAAGCACUUCUGGUGUGACCCUGCCAGAAACUGGUACAAACACAGGCAGUAGUGGUCCUAAUGUGCCAGACACUAGCAGUAACACCACUGGUGCAAGUGGCUUCAGCACACCAGUUUCUAACGGCAGAGACAAACCCGGCAAUGUUGCAAACACAUCAGAUGUGAACACAAUAAAGAACUCCAUAGGUAGUGAUGUGACACAACCCUGCAAUACUAACUGUAACAUCAAGAAGGAGCCAGCAUCCAUAACUGGCACAAAUACUGGUAAUGUCACAAGGUCCAGGCAGACUAUGCAUGAUGCUGAAAGUAACGCCAGGGGAGGAACUUUUCCUCCUGGAGAGAACACCUCUCGCAGGCAGGCGGCAGAAGGCCUGCUUGACCUUGGAAACCCGUCCCCUGGGAGACCUCAGUCAAGGUCAAACACCUCCCAGACAAAUGCUAUUACUCACGAAAGGAAAGACCCCAAGCAUCUUUCCAGUGCAAAUACGGGUACAACUCCCAGAAACAACAGCAGUACUCCUGAUGCCGUAAGAAAUCCCCCCCAUUUUUGGACACUAGGUUUCAGCACUGGUUCACAGCACGGCCAUGAUAGAGGUUUCUCCCUUCGGCACAGUCGUAACACAAGUACAACAAGCACAAGCACCGCUGCUACAUCUACAACAGAAAGCAGUCGACCCCCUGCGAUGAGCACCAGCACUUCUAUGGUUUCCUCUUUGCUUAGACCAAAUCAAAGAAACCAGUCAACGUCCUCUGUAGAGUCUGUCCGUUCAGGCAGCACCUCCGUAUCUAGAAACAACAGAGAAGCCUCUGGAAACACACAUGCUGAUGGAACUGAGUCAGAGGAAGACCUAGAGCCUCCAGCAAAGAGAGCCAGACGUUCCUUACCUUUACAAAAAGCAUCAACUUCCACAUCAAGCACACCGUCGGAUCUUCCAAACGUGGGCAGAGCUUCCAACAGUGCUAGAGAAGGUGGAAACCAAGCCGUACAGGAAGCAUCUUAUCCACUGUUACCACCACGGGGUGACCGUAGGUCAUCACCGUCAAGCCUGGCUCUCAGCAGAACUUCCAGUGAGUCCAGUGUAGGGGAAGGUAUGCCCGCCCUGAGCGAACAUUUUACGCUGCCUUCCUACCACGAGACAGUUGCUCACACCGGUGGUGCAGAGACAAACAGGGAAACCAGCACAACAAGGGUCACUGCUGCACAAAGCUCCGCUGCUCAAACCACAACAACAGCCUCCCGUACGGACUACGGCGGAUAUGCCAGGAUUGGCUACUUCUCUGCCAGACCAGUGCGGAGGGGGGCGGUCAGGAGAAGCUGGACGGAGAGCCAGCAGUCUGGAGAUGACAUGGAGAGUGCCUCAGGCAUCGAGAGCCAGCUCAGGUACCAGGCACAUCAAGUCAACACCGCCAGGAGGAGGCUGGACUCCCUACGGCUGAGGAGUCUGCGGGCACUCAGGUCUCGGGCACAGAGGGCCAUGUCUGGAGAGAGUCCUUACGAGUCCCCGUCCACAGUGACCAGACCAGUGGUGUGGCAGACCUUCUCCCACCCCACAGAGCCCCAACCACCGGUCAGCAGCACCAGAGCAGGGAGUCUGGAACCCACCUCUGCAGGGGAUGGUACGGUCCAGGAGAGCGCCUUCUCAACUAAUGUGCCAUCACGCUUCUAUGGCCAACAUACCAGGUCAGAGAGCCAUCGCAGCCCCCUGGGGUACAUCAUGCGCAGACAUGCACUGAAUGAAGGAGACAGGGAAGGAUCAGAUCGCGGUAGUGAGCGGGUACGGCGGAGGCUUCACGGUCGUUUCAGACACCACACGGCUGGAUCAUCAAGGGCCCAGCCACGAGUAGAGUACGUCCACCCCCACUACCGCAGUGUUUUCCAUGGCUCCCAUCGACCAUCCAAUGCCGUCCACUCUGCUAUUAACAGGGCCAUUGCUGGAGCCUUUAUCGGUACAGGAGAGUCCGCAGUGGCCAGUAACAUAGUGAAUACCACCCAUCGUCUGCAGUGGUGGGACUUCACCAAGUACCAGCUGCCUGAGAUCAGUGAUGCCAGUGCAAAUGUGAUCGUACCCCACUGUAAGAUCCACAACGAUGCCAGCAUUGAUAUCUCCAAGGAUGGCUGUUACCUAGCAACCUUCAUCCCCAGUCACCGUGGUUUCCCUGACGACGCUGUCCUGUCCAUCAUCUCUCUGCAGAAGGACACUCUCGGGGACAUCCUGUAUGCCAAGAGCUUUGCUGCUUCCUCAGGUCCCAAUGCCAUCUCCGUGAGUAUCUCUCCCCUGGGGAACUACGUCCUGGUGGGGCUGGCGUCGCGCAUGCUUCAUUGGCAGCUGGUGGACAAACAGAUGGUGGCCCAAGUCUUCCAGCUCAGACCCGCCGCAGAGAAGGCUCUGGAGGGGACUCUUGUGCAUGUUCAGAACGUGAUGCACCACUGUGACCCUGAGAGACGGAGUCAUGUGAGUGUGAACUCUGCCUGCUGGCUCCCGGGUACAGGCAGGGGCCUGGUGUACGGCACCAACAGGGGACAUCUACAGAUCUGUCGGCUAGGGUAUGAGCCCGGGAGCCAGCAGGAGCAGCCGGAAGAGCCCAGACUGGGGCCAGCGCAGAACCCGUUUCCUCCCGGCAGCGGCGGGGGCGGCAACGCUCGCAUGACGGCCCGGCGCUUCUCCGUAGCUCAGCGGGUGGUGAGGGAGCGAGGUGUGCAGCACCCCAUGACCAACUCCACUGCCACGCAGACCCCGCCUGGUAUGACGUCCGCGGGGACUCAGACUGAUCAAGAUAUAUCCUCCAUAUAACACAAAGGAACAAAAUAUAUGUGCUUCAACUUUAACUAUGGUACGAUUUACUAGUAUGUUUAUGUCUGCAGUACUGUAAAGCCUAUGUAAAGUUCUGUACAUAAUAUCUGUACAUAAUAUAUGUUAAAUGCUUAAGACUAGAGCACAAAGUCUCAGUAAUGCACUUUUCAUUGUAAACCUCCCUUUUCCCUUGAAUACCGACCCUGACAAGUGCACUGCCUUCCCGUAUGUCUUCAUAGUGUUAUUUGGGAGAGCAACUAUAUAGAAUACUGCGUCAAGAUAUUUCUGUUUCCACCCUCUGUACAUAAGCGAAUUUACUGGUAGCCAAGAGAUCACCCUACUUAUAUAAAAGUAUACAUGCUUUGUAAUAUAUGCACUUACCUUUCUGUUAUACAUCAUGCUAUCUGGAAAAUUAUUUUUGAAGCAAUAGAUACUACUUGAUAUUUAAUUUCUUUGUUUACAGGUUAUCGGUGAUAAGAUCAGAAAAGAACUGUAGUCGUUUAUGAAGACACUAAGUUUCAGGAACUGUGAGAUUGUAUUUCUUAAGUCUUUGAGAGCAAAGUAACAGAUUUAUCAGUGCUUAUCAUUUUCUAAGCAAUUUAAGACUCAAUUGACAGUAGAUGAUAAGUCGCAAUUGGUUUCACAGAAUGGUUUUGUUCUUGUUUUUUUUAAUAACGUUUUGAGGAUGGAAUGAAUUAUUUAUGGCAUUCUGAUGAUUAAGGCCAUGCACAAGUAUUAUUUGAUUUUAGUUAGACAUAUUACUGUUAGUUGUGCCCUUUCCUUAAUCCUUAAGUUUUACUGCUGGCCGACUGAUCGGUGUUGUUCCAAAGGCAAAACAUUGCUAGAGGGCCCUACACAUGAGUCAGAUUACACAAUGUAUGAGACAUUGGUGAAGUUGUGCCAUUUGUGAUAUAAUAUGUAAGGUAGUGACUGCACCAUUUGAUAUAUUUUGUGUCUCACAAUAACUAUAAUACUACUAUUGAUCUUGAUGUCAAGCCUUCUUUAUGUAUGCAAUGUAUCAUAUUGGCAGCAAAUAUUUUAUGUUGCACAAGGCAAAGUUUAAUUUAUAUUGAUAGGUUUUCUUUAUUGCAAUUUCUCAUGCAUGGUUUAGAUUGUAUGACAUAGUUGAAAGUCCAAGCUAGUCAAAUAUGAAAAUUGAGAUUUGCUUUGCCAAAGGCACAAUGCGUGUAAAUAUUAUAGUAGCAUUAUGGACUGUACAUUGCAGAAAAGGGGACUGCAGUGUUGGUUACAAAGUUACAGAAAUUUUGUAUUUGGAAGGAAAAUUGAAAUUGCAAAGUAAAUUAUUUGACAGCUUGGCAAUGUGCAAUUUAUUUCUUUGUUACAGCUAUAAAAUCUGUUUUGAUUUUUUAGAAAAAAGCAUUAUAGAGGUAUGAGAAAGCUUCUUGCUGAUUGGUGGCAGUAUUUGUUUGAAAUAACUGGGAAAAUAAACGGGGAUUUGGAC